AUGUAUGGGUCAGGCAUGGGAUCUAUUAAUGUAAAACUCUGGCCAAAUGGUGCAGCAGCACAAAAUCUCCUGACGGUGCAGAAGGCCACUUCUGCAACACAAUGGUAUCUGACAAGACUGACAAUCCACAAUCAAACAGUUGACUACAGGAUCAUAAUUGAGGGAAUAGUUGGGCGCAGUUACUUAAGUGAUAUGGCUAUCGAUGAUGUUGUUUUACAAGUAGGUGCCUGUAAUGCCAUCCCUACUCCUACGCCAUUCCAGAACUGUGCGUUCAAGUGUCCAACUAUCUCAACUUGUGUCAGCACUCCCCAUGUAUGUGACUUUAACUCUGACUGUCCAAAUGGAGAAGAAGAAACUGCGUGUGGCUACAACUGUAACUUUGAUAAUGGUACCUGCAAAUGGGUGUCAAGAGCUAACGGAGGCUUUACAUGGGCAAGGUACCAUGGCGCAACUCCCGAUUCCAACACUGGCCCUUCAACUGAUCACACUCUAGGUUCAGCAUCAGGUUAUUACAUGUAUGUUGAUGCUUCUAAUGGAAGCGUUUACCAACGGGCCGAUUUUACCAGUCCUGUCUUGCAACAAUCUUCUUCAACAUGCCAGAUGUCAUUAUGGUAUCAUAUGUAUGGAAGUGGAAUAGGAACAAUGACUGUGUAUCAAGCGGAAGGGACACUGCGGACAAGGGUAUGGUACACAACAGGAAACCAUGGCAACAAAUGGUAUCAAGUAACAGUGCCCAUUGGACGUAUGAGCCGACCUUUCCAAAUCAUCAUCCAAGCAGCCAGAACCUAUAGUGUUCUCGGAGAUAUUGCUAUUGACGACAUUCAGUUCCAGCACUGUGGAUUACCAACGAUUCAGUCGUGCACCCACACAGCGGCCCAGUUUACCUGUAACAACAACGCAUGCAUAGAUACAAACAGACAGUGUGACUACACUGAUGACUGUGGAGAUGGGUCAGAUGAAGCACCAACACUCUGUGCUGCACGCUACAUCGGCUGUGACUUUGAAAGCAGCAUCUGUAUGUGGACACAGUUGAAGGAUGAUGACUUUGACUGGUCGCGUCGCGCUGGCCAGACACCCUCAGCCCAGACAGGUCCAUCAAAAGAUCAUACGUUGAACACAAUUUCUGGACAUUAUAUCUACAUUGAAACAUCAUCUCCAAGGAAGCAAGGUCAGAAUGCAAGAAUGGCUAGUAUGGUGUUUGGACCAUCAACAACUGGUCCAUAUUGCACCAUGAGGUUCUACUAUCUAAUGUAUGGAAAAGAUGUAGCAUCCCUAAGUGUGUACACCAGAUCGUCUGUAAAUGGACCCUUGCUGAAAAAUGGACGAGACAAGGAGAGGAGCUAUUUCAGUGACAUUGCUAUUGAUGAUAUCACAUUCUCACCUCAAUGCACCAACUACACUGGAUCAUUUCCCACGGUUCAACCAGGUAUUGCCACACCUUCAACACAAAGCCCAUGUGGUGCCGGAAAGUUCCAAUGUUCUACAGGAAAUCAGUGCAUAUCCUCAACGCAAGUAUGUGAUUUCAUCGCACAGUGCCAUGAUGGCUCUGAUGAGACUCUUUGUGGAAAAUGUAACUUCGAGACAAGUCUCUGUGGUUGGACUGUUGCUGGCGCAGGAAGAUACAGAUGGGACAGACAUAAUGGGUCCACACCAUCAGCUGUAUCAGGUCCUUCAAAUGAUCAUACUCUAGGGUUGUCUGGAGUGGGCUGGUACAUGUUUGUAGACUCCUCUGUUGGAACCUUCUUUGGUGAUGCAGUCAUGAUGUCUCCAGUCUAUGGUCAACUAGCAAGUGGAUGCCAAGUUACGUUCUGGAUGUUUAAAAAUGGCAAUCAGGGAGGAGUACUGAGACUGUUUCUCCUUGCUCAAGGAGCUUCAGCGAACAGUAAGACAGGAAAAACUUUGCUCUGGUCAGCAAUUGGUGACAAAGGCAAUCAGUGGGCCAAUGUAACUGUUGGAAUAGGAGCAAGAGCACCUGGAUUCCGUCUAAUGUUUGAGGCAACCCAGUUCCAGAAAUCUGUAGACAUGGCAAUUGACGACAUUUCAUUCAGCCAGUGUGCCAUGGGUAGUCAAAUGGCUUCAUGUUCUAGUAAUCAGUUCCACUGCAAGAGUGGAUCAUGUGUUGAUCAGAAUUCACUGUGCGACUUCCAGAAUGACUGUGGAGACUGGUCCGAUGAAUCGAGCUGUUCAAACUAUGUGGAACGCUGUAACUUCGAACAUGACAUGUGUAACUGGAUCCAAGAUGAUACAGAUGACUUUGACUGGCAAAGAACCAGGGGAAGAACAAUGACGACUGGUACUGGUCCAGAUUCUGACCACACCUAUGGUAACGAGACUGGAUACUAUAUCUACAUAGAAACAUCGAGUCCGCGCAGACCAAAUGACACUGCAAGAAUCAUGAGUCCUAUCUUCCUGGCAACAAUGACGGGUACCUGUAGCAUGAGGUUCUUCUAUCACAUGUUUGGUAAAGACAUCAACUCCCUGACAGUAUACAAGCAAACAGCUGAUGUGGGAGGCAGGGAUCCUGUAUGGAUGAGAAGUAACGCCCAAGACGAUGCCUGGAAUCAUGCAAGUUUUGUCCUCACCAGUCAGCAAAAUUUCCGAAUCGUCAUUGAGGCAAAGAGUGGAAGUGGCUAUCUUGGAGACAUUGGACUUGAUGAUGUAUCAUUUACACCAGGAUGUCAUGUUGCUCACAGGGUUACUCUUCCCGUGUCUCAAGGAACGCCUGGACCGUGUGGGUUUGGUAAACAGCAAUGCAAAGAUGGGAAACAAUGUGUUAAUGUAGGAUCCACUUGCAACUUCAGAAAAGAUUGCUCAGAUGGAAGUGAUGAAGCAUCUUGUCCUUCUACAUGUAAUUUUGAAGGUGGCAACUUUUGUCAAUGGACUAACCAACUUGCAGGAUCGACAUUCAACUGGACUCUAGGCACUAAUGGAAACCCAGCAAGUAAAACCGGACCUAGCGGGGAUCACACAACAGGACAAAAUAAUGGUCAUUACGCAGUUGUAAGUAAUUCUGGGCGGACAUUACCGGAGAAGGCACAGCUUGUCAGUCCAGUUUUUAGUCAAGGCGGCCCUACUUGUACCAUAACAUUCUGGUAUGCUUUAGCAGGAAGAGGAUUCUCAUCAUUCAGUCUGCUGCUAAGGACGGGAGGAAUGGAUAAACAUAUCUGGCAAAUGCCCACUAGUCCUAAACCAAUGAACAACUGGUACAAUGUCACUGUGAACUUACCAGUCUGCUCCUCAGACUUCCAGCUUGUCUUUGAGGCUGUUGCAUUUUCAAGUUCACCUUCAUACGUUGCAGUUGACGAUCUGGCCUUUGUGAAUUGUGGAGAAUCGUUGCCACAGGGGCAAUGCCUUCUUGGACAGUACCAGUGUGCAAGUGGCCACUGUGUUCCGGAAAACCUGAGAUGUGACUAUCAAACAGACUGCUGUGAUGGAUCGGAUGAAUCAGUCAAUAACUGCCUUGCAUAUUAUGGAUGUGACUUUGAACAAGAAAACAUUCCAGGCAACAACACUGCUGUCCUCAACAACAAGUGA